AUGGCGAUGGCAGAGGCGAACCAGGACUGCGUGCAGUGGGUGGAGCGGCACCUACAGGACACCCUUGGAUGUACCAUAGCCAGUGAGCUCGUAGAUCGCCACUACUUUCUGAUCAAUGAGUUCCUCAUGGGCGAAGACGCGCAGUACCGUGUGCUGUUCGCUUACUACGCCGAACCCACCGCGACGGCUGCGCACCAGCGGCGUGCAGGUGGGGGCCGUCGCACCUUCUCCAACAGCGGCAUCAUCGCCAGAAAUUCCAAGCUGAGUUCCCACCGGGAGAUGAAGGGCAGUGACGUGGGCCUCAACCGCAGCCACACCGUCAGCGAUGAUGAGGACUAUGCUGACGGCACUCCUGCGUCCUCGGACUUCGCUUUCGCCGGCGCCGACGGUAGCCGAGCUUCGAAUGGAGGCGGCUUGGGGGUUUGCAGCGGACCGCAGCCCCCACAGUUGCAGAUAGUCGCUGGCCUUCCUGAGCUCGCCAUCCGCAGCAACUUGCCCGGUGUUAGCACGGACGUGCUUUACUUUGUGCGCCUCGACGCUGAAAAGCCUUUGCUGCGCGAGACGCUGGAGAACUAUGUCAUGUGGGGCACGUUCCGAGGUAACUACCUGCUGGACAGCUUCCUACGCACCGUGCGCCAGACGAUUUUGCCGACGUUUUUGCACAACCAGUGGCCGACGAGCAUCAAGAAGGAUGUGCACACGGCGCUGCACCGCUUCAUGGCAACGGUGGUCGAGGACGUGAACAGCUUGAAGGGGCAAACGGUGCUCUACGUGCCAGGUGACCUGGCCGCCGGCGCCAAGAGCGACACGUACGCGGACCACGAACUCGUGCAGCGCUACGAGGCCACGGUGAUCCACUGGACACGGCAGAUCAAGGCUGUCGUCAGCCAGCGCGACACAACCAACACCGACGACGAAGACCAUGCCGGCCCGCUGGAGGAGAUUCAGUACUGGCGGGCGCGGGCGCGAGACUUGGGCAGCAUUCGCUCGCAGCUGAACCGUGACGAUGUGGCGGCUGUCGUGAAGGUGCUGAAGGACGCGAAAUCUUUCUAUUACCUCGAGCCCUUUCUCGGCCUUCGCAGCGACAUUGAGCGCGGAACGGAGGAGGCGUACGACAACCUGCGCUAUCUGUGCACGCUCAUCGAGCCGUGUGAGCGCCUUGCCAAGGCGGAGCUGCGCGACAUCCCACGCUUGGUGCAGGACGUCCUCAAGAAUGUGCAGCUGAUUUUGAUCUUCUCCAAGUUCUACAAGAAGGAGCACAUCACACGGCUGCUGCGCAUGGUGUCGAGCGAGAUCAUCGGCAGGUGCAGCAGUCGCAUCAACGUGCGUGCCAUCUUCUCCGGCGACGUCGCGGAAAGCAUGAAGGCGCUGGAGGAGAGUAUGGUUGCUGGGGAGGCGUGGCUGGCGGAGUGCCGCCGCAUGCUGGCCGCUACCCGGCGCCGCUUUCGGGUUGAGAAAGGCGAGAAGCUGGAGCUUGACGAGUCGUUCCUAAACGAGAUGGACGGCUUCGUGCGCCACCGCUGCCAAAACCUCCGCGAGAUCUGCCUCAGCCAGCUCCAGUUUGGCUUCACCGGCACGGCGGGUGACGAGGCCGGCGGGAACGGAGCGGCGUCCAUGUCGAUUGCGCGCUGCAGCAACGCCGUCGCCUCCCAUCGCCGCAUGAGCCGCCGAGCGAAGUUGUCGGGGCUUGUGCGGGAACAGAUUCCUGUCGGCUCCCCGCUCAGAGUACCAGAGCUGGACGGCGUGAUGCAGCCGCCUGCCAGCCUCUUUGAAGGCAAGCUACCCAUCUUCCGUGGUAACAAGGGCCCAGAGCUGGAGUCGCAGCUGAUGGACAUCCAGCGCGCCUUCAAGUCUAAAAUGGAGGUGCUACGCCACUUCACGUACAACGUGCUCGACGUCAAGGCGACGCAGUGGGUGGACGACUACCGCGCCCUCAAGACAGACAUCGACAACUUCGCCGUGAUGAUGCGUCAGAUCAUCACUGCCGCCUUUGACGCGGUGGCAACGGUGUCAAUGGGGUCGGAGGUGAUCGAGGCCUUCACCCUCAUCAGCAAGAGCGAGGAGCUCCUCAUGCAGCUCGACCGCAACACUGACCGCGUCUUCCGUCUCUUCACGCAGCACAUCAAGUCUGUGCGGGCUGACGUGCAGCGAUACUUUGGCCGCGUGCCGCCUCUCUUCUACCGCCACCCGCCGCUCUCUGGCCAGGCGGCGUGGGCCGCCAACCGCUUGAGCUUUAUCACAUGCGCGCACGACGCGCUGCGCCGUUGCUACGCCUUGCCGAGCUCCCCUGAGAAGGAUGAGGCGAUGCACCUCUACGACCGACUCGACCGCGCGCUGCGUGAGAUGGUGCGUAAGGAGUAUGUCCAGUGGACGUCCGAGGUGCCAGCAAAGCCGGCGGAGCUGCUGGAUGCCUACCUUCUCGUGCAGCGACCUGGUACCGGCACAGACCUCGAGCAUCCGCCUCUCUACGACGUGAACUUCCCGAUUAACCUGCUCCUGCUAUUUGCUGAGACGCGCAACUGGCAGCAGAUGGGGGAGACGGUGCCACCGGAGGUGGCGGAGAUGUGCACUCGCGAGGAGCGGCUGCGCCUCUACCGCGAAAACGUGUCGAUGGCGGUGCGCCUGCACAACGCUUCGGUGCGCUCGCUGAGCAAUGCGGAGCUGCGCCUGUUUUCGCUGCGCAUCGAGGCGAUGGAUGCCAAGUACCUGCCAGGGCUCAACAAGCUGUGCUGGAACUCGCAGGGCAUUGUAGAGUACUUUGUGCGCGAGUGCCGCGUCCAGGCGGACCGGGUGCAGGCCAUUGUCGAUGACUUCAAGUUCUGCGGGACCUUCAUCGACUACCACUGCGGCCUCCUCGCUGACACUCUCUCCGUGCUGGUGGAGAAGAAGGUGAUCUACACCCCCGAUGCCUUCGUCGAAAAGCAGCGGGCCUAUCGAGCCGCCGUGGCACAGAAGGUGAGGAAGAUACACGAGCUCAUGGUGCAGAAACUGUACACCGUCUUCCAGUACUUCCGAGACGACUACAUGGUGAGCGAGACGGUGCGCGCCGAGUGGCACGAUUACAUGGAGCGGGUGGACGUCAAAGUGGAGGAGGCUCUGCGGAUGAUGGUGAAGCGGUCGCUGCUGACGGUGGAGCGGGUGCUGCCGCAGGAGAGCAGCGAGGAUCGGCUGGACGAGCGCGUGUUCCGGCUGAGCGUCAUGAUUAGCGUGGCGGCGGAUCAGAAGCCGGUCAUCCACGCUGUGCCAUCGGUGCAGGAGCUGUCGCAGCUCGUGAACGACGUCUGCAAGGCAAUCAUUGGCGUCGUUCGAGGCUUGCCACGACUGGAGGAGUCGCUGCAGCAGCGCAUCUCCAGUGAGACGGAGGCGUUACUAGCCGAGAACAACACGGUGGCCGUCACCUACGCCCACCCCGGCGGCGCCACGUCGCUGGCGCUGCGCGGCUCCUACUACGAGUACAUGACGAGGGAUCAGGACACGAUUCUAACGCUGGGCCGCAUCCAGGAAGCCUUCAUGAGCAUCUCCGAGAAGGUGCGUGACAAGCUGAACCAGACGUGGCAGCUGCACCAAUCUUCCACGACGGACAACCUGUGGGCGACGCAGCGGCAGGAUCGACGUAUCAAGCAGGGCUGGAAGCUCGAGGACUACCGCAUCAACAUGGACCACGUCGCCCAGCGCCGCGAAGGUAUCGAGAAGCAGGAGGUGUUCUCCGACGUGCUCUUCCUGCAGUUGGACUUCACGAUGAUGAAGGAGACCUUCUGGGCACAGUGCCACUUUGUGAUUCAACACUACCACGGCCUCCUGUACGCCGAGGUGAGGCAGGAGCUCGACAACACGUACGACUCCUUCAAGUUCACGACGGAGGCCCUCUCUCGCGAGCCCAAGACGCUGGACCAGCUGGGCGAGAUGAUGCGGCAGUGCACCGUCGCCAUCGACGCACUGCCGUCGGUGGAGGGCCAGUUCGACAUGCUCUCGCAGAAGUUCGCUCUCAUUACGAGCGAGGCGUACAACUUUGGCGGCGUCGACCCUUCGGAUGUCACCCGGUGCGAGGAGCUGCCGGAGGCGUUUGUGCAGUACACGCAGCAGCUGCAGGCGAUCCGCAAGCAGCUUGACGUAUACAAGGAGCAGUUCCGAGUGGAGGUGGAGACAGAGCUGCGCACGCUGGCCUCGAAGAGCUUUGCACUGUACCAGCAGGUGCGCGACGAGGCGCCGACGUCGUGGACCCUGGCCACGGCGACAGCCUUUGGGCAGCUGGAGACGCUGGAGCGGAAGGCGGUGUCGCUCCGCGAGCUGGAAAAGAGCUUGCAGCAGGGCAUCGAAAUCUUCGCGCUGGAGAAGCCGCCGCUGGACGACUUGGUGAAGGCGGAGGCGCAGCUGAAGGUAUUGCGCCAGCUGUGGACGCUGGUGAGGAGCUGGCGCACUUUUACGCACACGUGGAAGCACAUGUACUUUAUGAAGCUGAACAGCGAGCGCAUGCUGGAUGACAUCGAAGACACCCGGCGUGAGGUUCUGCAGUUGCGCAAGGAGAUGGAGCAGAUGGACGUGUGGCUGCGGCUGAAGGACGACAUUGACCUCAUCAAGAAGAUCCUGCCAAUCAUCGACGACCUGCGCACGCCAGCCAUCCGCCCCCGUCACUGGGAGCAGCUGAAGGUGCAGCUGGAUACGUCUUUUGAGCUGGAUGAUGAGACAUCGUUCUGCCUGCAGCGGCUGAUGGAGGCGCACGUGGAGAUGCAGGCUGAGUUUAUCGGCAACAUGGCCAUCGCCGCCCGCGAGGAGCUGAAGAUCGAGACAGACCUCGAGAAGAUCGCGCUUGUUUGGGAGGAGACCUGCUUCACGAUUGAGCCGCACCAGGGCUACCACAAGAUCACCGCCGUCGAGGACAUCAACACGUCCCUGACGGAGCACCUCAUGAUGCUGAGCUCGAUGAAGAUGUCCCGCUUCGUCGACAGCUUCCGUCCACGCGUGGUGAUGUGGGAGAAGCACUUGUCGCAGGUGGCGGACAC